AUCACCGAGGAGGAAAUGAGAAAACUAUUUGAGAAAUAUGGGAAAGUUGGUGAAGUCUUCAUUCAUAAGGAUAAGGGCUUUGGCUUUAUUUGCUUGGAAACACGAACUCUAGCCGAGAUUGCCAAAAUGGGGCUGGACAACAUGCCACUCCAUGGCAAGCAGCUUCAUGCGCGCUUUGCUUGUCAUAGUGCAUCCCUCUCAGUUCGAAACCUUCCUCAAUAUCUGUCCAGUGAACUGCAGGAGGAAGCCUUUUCUGUGUUUGGCCAAGUAGAAAGGGCUGUGAUCAUUGUGGAUGAUUGAGGAAGGCCCUCUGGAAAAGGCAUUGUUGAAUUCUCAGGGAAACCAGCUGCUCAGAAAGCUCUGGACAGAUGUAGUGAAGGCUCUUUCCUGCUAACCACAUUUCCAAGGCCUCUGACUGUAGAGCCCAUGGACCAGUUAGAUGAUGAAGAGGGAUUACCAGAAAAACUGGUUAUUAAGAACUGGCAAUUUCACAAAGAAAGAGAACAACCACCCAGAUUUGCCCAGCCUGGCUCAUCUGAGUAUGAGUAUGCCAUGUGCUGGAAGGCACUGGUUGAGAUGGAGAAACAGCAGCAAGGCCAGGUGGACCAUAAUAUCGAGGAAGCUCGUGAGAAGCUGGAAAUGGAGAUGGAGGCUGCUCAUCAUCAGCACCAGGUCAUGCUCAUGAGGCAGGAGUUGAUGAGGCGCCACGAAGAACUUCGAAGAAUGGAAGAGCUCCAUAAUCAAGAAGUGCAAAAACGAAAGCAACUGGAGCUCAGGCAGGAGGAGGAGCGCAGGCACCGUGAGGAAGAGAUGCAGAGACAACAGGAAGAAAUGAUGCCGCGACAACAGGAAGGAUUCAAGGGAACCGUCCCUGAUGCGGGAGAACAGGGGCUGCGGAUGGGUCAGAUGGCUAUGGGAGGUGCUAUGGGCAUAAACAACAGAGGUGCCAUGCCUCCUGCUCCUGUACCUGCUGGUACCCCUGCUCCUCCAGGACCUGCCACUAUGAUGCCAGUUGGAACCUUGGGAUUGACCUCACCAACGACUGAGCGCUUUGGCCAGGCUGCUACAAUGAAAGGAAUUGGGGCAAUUGGUGGAACCCCUUCUGCUUUCAACCGUGCAGCUACUGGAGCUGAAUUUGCUCCAAACAAACGUUGCCCAGUAGUAAUAAAAUCGCAUUGUCUAGUUUCCUAA